GAAAUUUAGUGAAAAACUUAUAUUUAUAAUAUUAUUGGUUAAGAAAAUGGGUACAAUUUAUACACAAACAAAAGGAUUAGAGUACCUAUCUGAGAAGGUAGAGAUGGCAGAAAGUGCCUCUCUUUUUUGGGGACCAUAUAGGCCAAAUCUUUAUAUGGGGAUUCGAAGUCGAGAUCCAGAGGGGAUGUUAAUGGGAAUAAUGUGGACAGGAGUGGAUAAUUAUACACAAAUCAAAGAAAUGAGACAUACGUGUGAACAAAAUGAUAAUAUAAAGAUGUAUGGAUGGGAAGAAUUUGAUGUAAGGAAAGGUGGACGUCAAAUUAUAAAGGAUGAUGAAAUGAAUGUUGAUAUUGAGAUGGAAUUUGCAAAAAUAUAUACAGAAAAACAUAAUGGGAAUUGGGGUUUACGUGUUAAGGGAAAGCCUAGAAAUGUUGAUAACAAAAUAUCUAUAUUUUUUUAUAUAGCAUCAUAUAAGAAUGAAUUAAAAUUGAUCUCUAAACUUGGGAAAAAAGGAGUUGAGGGAAACGCAGUUUUUAUAAAUAAGACAUCAAAAAAGAAAAACAUUGAAAUUACACAAGGACCUAGUACAAAUGCAUAUCCAUUAUUUAGCCAUACUGCAAAAAAUGAAAAAUAUCUUGACAAAUUUAUGUAUCAUAGUAUGGAAGUUCCAAAGAACAAGAUAUGGAUGGCAAAAGAUAUAUUAUAUUCAGUUUUACUGAUAACAGCAAAAGACUAUUAUAAAAAAUAUGAAGAAGAUAUUCCUCCAGCAGCUCUUUACUAUACAUUACCAAAUAUAGAUGGGGAAGGGAAUUUUCAUCUUAUUCAAAAAGUAUUUCAAGGACCUUUUGAAUUUGAUAUAUUAUAUUCCUCAACAGAUGAUCCAAUGACUAGUCAUCAACUUGAGAAUGAGAUUAUAUCUAAUUCAAAAUUAUUCAAGGAGAGAUUUAUGAAAAUAUUUCCUUUUAAAGAACCAUUUAAUUCAUAUAAAUACAUAGAAUUUGCACAGAGUCUUCUUUCAAAUCUCUUGGGGAAUAUUGGAUAUUUUUAUGGAGAUUCUAUUGUAGAUAAAACAUAUACUUAUGUAUAUCAAGAAAUUCUUAAAGAAUAUGAACAAGAGGCUUCUCUGGAUAUACAAGGACCGUUUUCAUUGUUUACAGCUACACCUAAUAGGUCUUUUUUUCCAAGAGGUUUUUAUUGGGAUGAAGGAUUUCAUCUUUUACUAAUUGGACAUUGGGAUAAUGAUUUAAGUCUUGAAAUAAUAAAGAGUUGGUUCUCUUUAAUAGAUGAUGAUGGAUGGAUUGCAAGAGAACAAAUACUUGGAGACGAAGCUAGAAGUAAAGUUCCCAAAGAAUUCAUAAUUCAACAUUCUUAUUUUGCCAAUCCACCAACACUUAUUUUACCUAUUAUUUCUUUCCUUGAAAAACUUGAACAGAAUAAUAAAAAUGAAACUGAUCAAGACAACAAAGAUGAGAAUAUCUAUUCUAAAUAUAUAAAAUAUCCAGAAUUGGCUAUUGAUUAUUUAAAAGAAAUUUAUCCACUUAUUUCUCGUCAAUAUAAUUGGUUUAGAAGAACCCAACAAGGGGAAAUAGAGGAGUGGAACAGAACUGCAUUUUCACCGAAUGAAGGCUAUCGAUGGCGAGGAUGUACUCCUCAACAUUGUUUUACAAGUGGAUUAGAUGAUUAUCCAAGAGCAUACCCGCAUAAUGGAGAAUUACAUUUAGAUUUGUUAUCAUGGAUGGGACUUUUUACUAAGGGACUUAGAAUGAUUGCUGAAAAAAUUGGUUACCAAGAAGAUGUUGAAAAGUAUAUAUCAAUUGAAGAUGCAAUUAUUAAAAAUAUUGAUGAUUUACAUUGGAGUGACCAACAUAAUGCAUAUUGUGAUUGUACAAUAGAUGAAAAACAUUCAAGUAUUCAUGUAUGUCAUAUCGGUUAUGUUACCAUUUUCCCUCUUUUGACGGGUCUUUUGUCAGCAUCAUCACUGCAUUUUGAUAAAUUGUUAGAUAUAAUCUAUUCACCUGAUCAUUUAUGGUCUUCCUAUGGACUUAGAAGUCUUUCAACCAAAAAUCCAUACUUUGAAAAAGACGAAAAUUAUUGGAGAGGUCCUAUUUGGGUAAAUAUCAAUUAUAUGACUCUUCAAAGUUUGUAUAAAAAUUAUAUUAAUACACCUGGUCCUUAUCAAGAAAAAGCAAAAAAAAUUUAUCAUGAACUAAGAAUAAAUAUAAUUAAUACAGUUUUCCAUGAAUGGAAACGUACCAAUUUCGCAUGGGAACAAUAUAACCACGCGUCAGGAUCCGGUCAACGAACAAAAGGAUUUACAGGAUGGACUAGUCUGAUCGUUAACAUUUUAUCCGAAAAAUACUAGAAUCAUCUAUGGCAUAUAACAAAGUACAUUUUUCUCGACAUAUGCA